AUGAGCGUCAGCUCCUUGGAGAGUUGGGUAUUCAAUUUCCCAGGGUUCCCUGUAGGAGUAACUGAUGAGCCCGUCGACUCAUCUACUCAUCUCGUCACCCAUCUACUCAAGGAGCAGUUCAACAUCUCUGACCUGGCCAAAAAGUUCCUCACUAGCUCUGUGAUGACUGUCUUCAUCCCCACAACCUACACCUUGGUGUUCAUCAUCAGUGUCCCUCUCAACAGCAUCGCCAUCGUGAUAUUUGUACUCAGAAUCCAACCCAAAAAACCAUCUGCGAUCUAUAUAUUCAAUCUGGCUGUGGCCGACCUGCUUUUCGUACUGCUGCUCCCCUUCAAGAUGUCCUACCACUUCAACAGCAAUAACUGGGUGUAUGGGCCAGUCAUGUGCCGUGUGGUCAUCUCUGCCCUCUACUGCAACAUGUACUGCUCCGUCCUGCUUAUGAUGUGCAUUAGUGUGGACCGCUUCCUGGGUGUGGUUUAUCCUAUCAACUCGCUGACCUGGCGAAACCAGCAGAAAGCUCUGGUAGUAUGCAGUGUCACAUGGCUGCUGGCGGUCGCCGGGGUGAUGCCCAUCCUGCUGUCCGAGCAGGUCGCCUACAUCCGGGAUCUGGACAUCACCACCUGCCAUGACGUGUUGGACAUUAACAAGCUGCAGGGCUACUACCUCUACUUUUUCCCCAUCUUCUCCUGCCUGUUCUUCUUCCUCCCCCUCAUCAUCACCACCUUCUGCUAUGUGCGCAUCAUUAAGGCCCUCAGGAACAGUAAAAAGUUUAAAGUAAAAAACUCCAAGAAGACCCAGGCUGUGUUCAUGGCCAUCGUUGUACUGGCCGUCUUCAUCGUCUGCUUCGCCCCCACCAAUGUCAUCCUGCUGGUCCACUACCUGCAGUUCACCCACAGCCAUGAUGACACUUCCUACGCUGCCUACCUGAUUUCUGUGUGCAUUGGCAGUGUGAGCUGCUGCCUGGACCCACUCAUCUACUACUUGGGCUCAUGUCAGUACCGGAAGCAGGUGGCCACUGUACUCAGCUGCCAGGCCUCACCAGAGUUUCAGAGCACACAAUGCGAAAACACCAAGACCACAAAGCUGGACACCUUCAAGGGUGGCAUGGCUAAACAGUACAACAAUUUGAAUUUUGCUAAAUCAGAAAAUGUAUCACCGCUGUGAGAACAUAUUGCAAAAUCCAAUUACAACAUCACAUAAAGCUGGCUCGAAUGUAAUACACACAUUUUUUUUUUCUAAAAAAUCAUGUCAUUUUUUGCAUAAGACAUCUCAAAAGCCGGCUUGUUAAUUAGCUCCU